CCCACCAAGGCACCCCUGAGCCACCCUCCCCGGGGCUGGAGGGGCGGCACCACCACCAAGAGAGCGCGGCUCCCGCAGCUGAAGCGGCUGCAGUCGGAGCCGUGGGGGCUGGUUGCGCCCUCGGUGCUGGCUGCGCACCACGAGGAGCAGCGGGUGCGCACGGAUGACGAGCUGGUCAGCAGCAUCGGGGAGCUUGCGCUGUGCAGGAAGGCUCCCCUCAGCCGCAGCAAGGAUGCGCCCCUAUUCCCGCUGGUGGACGAGCAGGCGCUGCGCACGCCUCCAGCCCCCGGGUCCGGCUGCAGGAAGGGGUUCGAGAAGGGCCCCCAGCGCCUGCCUCGCAGGAGCACGGUGCCGGAGCCGCCGGAGAGCAGCGAGGCGAUGGAGGCCCUGCACUGGCGGCGGAUGAGCGCCGAGCACCACGAGUGCGACGCCGGCGUGGCCGAGGCGGGGAAGGUGGCUGCGGAGAGGAGGAAGCUGAGCGGCUCUCACCUGGCUCUGCUGGGUGGUUCGCGGGAGGCUCUGGACGGUGCCCCCAGCACCUCGCCCGCCGCCGCCCGCC